AUUUUUAUAUAAAUCUCUAUUGUUCACGUAGUUAAGAUAGUAUUUUUUAUGCCAUUAUUAUUAAUCGGACAGCUCUUGUCAAUAAAAACAUAUAUAUUUCGAGUCUCCAGUGAAUGGCUAAAUAACUGCCAUUAUAUUAUUUGUAUUAUCAAAAAUUUAAAAUAUAUAAAAAGAGGGAAAGUUUCUGUGAUUAAUAUUAAAAAUUUUAAUUUAGUUUAUGAAAGUAAAUUAAUACGUAAGAAAUAUGUCUAGCACAUCGCAGAAACAUAAAAACUUUGUGGCAGAGCCAAUGGGUAGUAAACCUGUUACAGAUCUUGCUGGAGUUGGAGAAGUUUUAGGACGUAGAUUAGAAGCUGCUGGCUUUGAUAAGGCAUAUGUAGUUCUUGGGCAGUAUUUGGUCUUAAAGAAGAACAGAGAAUUAUUUCAAGAAUGGAUGAAAGAUGCAUGUUCAGCUAAUGCAAAACAGUCUAAUGAUUGUUAUCAGUGCCUUUCAGAUUGGUGUGAAGAAUUUUUGUAAAUUAAUAAAGUUAAUAACGUUAAUAUUGCAAAAGUAAAACUACUAACAGAU